CCUGGACUCACGAAGACACUUGGACACCCACAAGCACAGAGACAUGGGUGUGUGACAACUGACCAAGGGGCAUGCAGACUUUGGUUUCCUCCCUGCCGGCCUGGCCUGGCUCCCUGGCUCUGUGUGGUAUGGUCACACCCCCGUGCACCCCCUCCACUGAGAUGGGGCGGGGAGAGCACCGAGGCUGCUCUUCCUCUCCUGGGCCGACCUCUGAGCAGCAGACGGGGCUAAGCGUUCCCCAGCUCGCCUUCACACACAGCCCGUGCCACCACGCCGACGGUACCAUGAAGGACGAGGUAGCUCUACUGGCUGCUGUCACCCUCCUGGGAGUCCUGCUGCAAGCCUACUUCUCCCUGCAGGUGAUCUCGGCGCGCAGGGCCUUCCGCGUGUCGCCGCCGCUCACCACCGGCCCACCCGAGUUCGAGCGCGUCUACCGAGCCCAGGUGAACUGCAGCGAGUACUUCCCGCUGUUCCUCGCCACGCUCUGGGUCGCCGGCAUCUUCUUUCAUGAAGGGGCGGCGGCCCUGUGCGGCCUGGUCUACCUGUUCGCGCGCCUCCGCUACUUCCAGGGCUACGCGCGCUCCGCGCAGCUCAGGCUGGCACCCCUGUACGCGAGCGCGCGCGCCCUCUGGCUGCUGGUGGCGCUGGCUGCGCUCGGCCUGCUCGCCCACUUCCUCCCGGCCGCGCUGCGCGCCGCGCUCCUCGGACGGCUCCGGACGCUGCUGCCGUGGGCCUGAGACCAAGGCCCCCGGGCCGACGGAGCCGGGAAAGAAGAGCCGGAGCCUCCAGCUGCCCCGGGGAGGGGCGCUCGCUUCCGCAUCCUAGUCUCUAUCAUUAAAGUUCUAGUGACCGAG